UGUAUUAAUACAACGUAAUUAAAAAAUUACUUAUUUGGAUACUGAAGGAAUAGUGACAGUAAUAAUUCACACAAAUUUUAUAGCAAAAUAAUUUAGUCACUAGUCACAAGUGAUAUCUUGUCUCUCCUUUUUUACUCAACAAGAAUAGCUUUAAUUUCCACCUCUUUUGUUCUUUAUAUAUAUACAUAUAUGUAAAUAUAGUUUGAGUCCCACACAUUUUUAUUUAACCUACCUUCUCCAUCAUCUUCUUCUUCUCUCUCUUUCAUAUAUUUUGGUGAUUAUGCUCCCUUCUUCCUUCUACUUUUUUCCCUACCUUUUCUAAAUAACCUUUCUUUUUUUUCUUCUUUCUCUCUCUAACUUUCCAUUUUCUCUCUCUUCAUCCUUUCUAGAUUAUACUACUACUACAAUAACAUCUAUAUAUAAUCAUACCCUUAAUCUUUCUUUCUAUUAUUAAUUUCUUUCAUCAUGUCACAUAAUCCUUACUUUAAUCAUCACUAUUUCCCCAAUAUUAAUCACUUCUUCCCUAAUCAUAACAACAAUAUCAUUAACAAUAAUAACAAUAGUAAUCCCUAUGAUUUUAAUUUCUUCUUCUCUAAUAAUAAUAACCCUCAAAUUUACACAAAAUCACCCCCUUCUCCUCCUCUUAGAGAAGCCCUUCCUCUCCUAAGUUCAAGCCCAGUAAAAAACAAUCAUCAUCAUAAUAUUAAUCUUAAUGAAUAUGAUGAUAAUAAUAAUAUUAAUAACAAUAAUUACAAAGAUGAUAUUAACAAACAUGAUCAUUAUUUAGAGGAGUUUUCCUCUACUAGUGCUCCUAUGGAUGUGGAUCAUAAGUUCCUUCUUCAUGAUGAGGACGACUAUGGCGACAACGACAACGAUGACGAUGAUGUUACGGUAACCCUUCACUUAGGGCUACCAAGUUGUCAAGCAUCCAAUCUAAUAUCCGCCGCCACGGCUGCCACGGCCACGACCACGACCACGACCUCGAUUUCCUCGUGUUCAACUACUUCAGAUCAUCACAAUAACAAGCUGAAUCACAACAACAAUAGUAUGAUGAUGAUGAUGAUGAUGAACAAUGAUGAGAGUUGUAGAUCAGAAGAAGUUACAGUUGCAUCAAACUAUAUUAAUAUUAAUAUUAAUAAUAAUGAUAAUAUUAAUAUUAGUAGUAGUGAUAAUAAUAAUAAUUCAUCAUUAAUUGGUGGUUAUUGCAACUCAAUAGGAACAGUUAACAAAGGACAGUAUUGGAUCCCAACUCCUGCUCAGAUUUUGAUUGGUCCUACUCAGUUUUCUUGCCCUCUUUGCUUCAGAACCUUCAAUCGUUACAACAACAUGCAGAUGCAUAUGUGGGGGCAUGGAUCACAAUACAGAAAAGGACCAGAAUCCUUAAGAGGAACACAACCAACAGCAAUGCUAAGGCUACCAUGUUAUUGUUGUGCACCGGGUUGUCGAAACAACAUCGAUCAUCCAAGGGCUAAACCCUUGAAGGAUUUUCGGACCCUCCAAACACAUUACAAGAGAAAGCAUGGAAUAAAGCCUUUUGCAUGUAGGAAAUGUGGUAAACCAUUUGCUGUAAGAGGAGAUUGGAGGACUCAUGAGAAAAAUUGUGGUAAGUUAUGGUAUUGUAUUUGUGGUUCGGAUUUUAAGCACAAAAGAUCUCUUAAGGAUCAUAUUAAGUCCUUUGGACAUGGACAUGCCGCGUAUGGGAUUGAUUGCUUUGAAGAAGAGGAUGAACCGGCUUCUGAGAUCGAACAAGAUAACGAGUCGAAUCAAUGAGAACGUACAUGUUUGAUCGAUGAUGGUACGUACGUACGUAUGUAGCUAGCUAGGUAGAAGAAGAUUGUAGUUGUUGUUGAAUUAGGUUUCUUUUAAGGUUUUAUUUGUGUAUGUAAGGUUUACGUUUAAUUUUCCUCUCUUUUUGGUUAAUUAGGUUUAAAUUUUUUAGCUUAAAUUAGUUUUCAUUUCUCAGCUCUUUUUUUUUCAGCUAUGUAAACAACUCAUCAAGAGUUCAAAUGCAAAUUAAAGUCAUAAUUCCAAGAGGAAGAACUUUUGUUUGUUGCUUUUAAUUAUAUAUAUUUCCCAAAUUUUAAGUUUUUAUGCAUGUCUAUUAUUGUUUAGUCAUUUAAAAAUGUAACAAAGUA